GUGGCAACGACAAUAGUCCUCAGUUUUGCGCUGAUAGCCGAAAACAAAAGCCCUAGACUUGGAAAAAAGAGAAAAAGAAGCCAAAUACCUCCUCAUCUUCUUCUUCAACUGACAUAUCGGCUCGCACAGUCGCACACAGCAAAAGACAGCACCACAACCAACCAAACAUGGCAAAACCAGGAUCAGAACCCACCACCGGACAACCACAAAAGAUCCGGUGGGGAGAGCUAGAGGAAGACGACGGAGAGGAUUUGGACUUCCUCUUGCCGCCAAAACAGGUGAUUGGGCCAGACGAGAAUGGGAUAAAGAAGGUCAUCGAGUACAGAUUCAACGAGGAUGGCAACAAGAUCAAGAUCACCACCACCACUCGCACUCGCAAGCUCGCCAACGCUCGUCUCAGCAAGCGUGCCGUGGAGCGCCGCUCGUGGCCGAAAUUUGGAGAUGCCGUGCACGAGGAUGUGGGUGCUAGGCUUACUAUGGUCUCCACCGAAGAGAUCGUCUUAGAGCGCCCUAGGGCUCCAGGUAGCAAGCAAGAAGAACCGAAGGCUGCAGGAGAUGCGAAUCCAUUUGGAAAAGGAGGUGCAGUUCUCAUGGUUUGUAGGACUUGUGGUAAGAAAGGUGACCACUGGACUUCAAGGUGCCCAUACAAGGAUCUUGCUCCACAGACUGAGGGAUUUGUUGAUAAGCCGGCUAUAGCAGAAGGUACCGGUGCUGCUACUGGCACUGGCAAGAGUACGUACGUUCCUCCAAGCCAGAGAGCAGGGGCAAGUGGAUCAGAGAGAAGUGGAACUGACAUGAGAAGAAGGAAUGAUGAAAACUCUGUCCGGGUCACCAACCUUUCAGAGGAUACUCGGGAGCCUGACUUGCUUGAGCUUUUCCGACCUUUUGGUGCUGUAAGCCGAGUUUAUGUCGCUGUUGAUCAGAAAACUGGCAUCAGCAGAGGAUUUGGUUUUGUUAAUUUUGUGAACCGAGAAGACGCACAGAGGGCUAUUAACAAACUCAAUGGGUACGGUUAUGACAAUCUUAUCCUCCGAGUUGAGUGGGCAACACCAAGGACGAAUUAGAGAUUCCCUUUGCAAAAAAGAGAAGGAUCCUUUGAUGCUUAUAAGAAUAUUUCCAUAAGAAUUUUGACUGGAUUUUGGUUUUGCUAAAUUAUGUUUAGAGACGCCUGUUGAAUCAAUGUUUGUUCAAGAUUGCUUACCGAUGUCGUUUUCCUUUUUUUUGUUCAAAUAUAUGUUUAUAUGAUCAUGUGGA